AACACGGAGAAUCAUGAAACGAUAGGUUCGAUCAGAAUUUAAGAUCUGAAUCGAGGAAGAGAAAUGGGUUCCAACAUAGAGGAAACGGAACUCGACGUCGGGUCCGCGAGCGACGAGCUCGAAUCCUCGAUCGCUGAAUCGAAAUUGGCGCGUCGACCGACUCCCAAACCCUUCACGAUCGAGAGCUUGAUUGGGAAUUGCGGGCCACAGAAAGGAAACUGCGAUCCAGCCACGCAGGAAGAACGGACGAACGAGAACGAAGAGGACUCUGAUCGAGACAGAGAGUAUCUUUAUCAGAGACACUACCUGGCGACUGCGGCGGCGAGCGCACUACCUCCUGGUUUCAGCGUGCCGCUUGGUCUGUACGGUGCAUGGCUACCAAUGCGGAUGUAUGGCAACGGCGGGACUUCCGGUGUCCCAAUGUUGCCCGCGCAUACCUCUGCCAGCUAUCCGUCUCACCAGGAUCUCUAUCAGAGCCGAUUGUCCCAGCAUCUGGGCCCUGGACCAAAUCAUCUUCAGGGCGCAGCAUAUCCAACCGGUUGCCAACGCACCUCGAAUCAUCGUGGUUCGACCAGCUUCACCGAUAGCGAGGACGACGGCAGCAUCGACUCGCCAGCUUCACCAGCUCACGAUCUUUCCAAAUCCCGCCAUGGAUCGGAGAACGGUCGUGUCUCGGCAGAGAGCGAGGACGAGAGUGGAGGCCUGAGCGUCGCUGGCGAUGGCCACGACGCAGCCGACGCGAUGUCCAGCAACGCUUCCAGCAACGUGAGUCCUGGCGGUUCGUUGGAGAACGGGCAGAGCAGCUCGGCGACCGGGUCCAGCAACAACAAAGCCAGACGCAGACGAACCGCCUUCACGUCAGAGCAGCUGCUGGAGCUGGAACGAGAAUUCCACGCGAAGAAGUAUCUUAGCCUCACCGAGAGGUCCCAUAUCGCGCACGCUCUGAAGCUAUCGGAGGUCCAGGUGAAGAUUUGGUUCCAGAAUCGUCGUGCAAAGUGGAAGAGAGUGAAGGCUGGCUUGAGCGGCGGCGGCAUUGGCUCCGGAGCGACCAGCAUGGCGACCGCUGGAGUCUCUAACAGGCACAAUGGAUCGGCUGGUCCGCACUCGGGCAAUGGAACUAGAAUCGUGGUCCCGAUUCCGGUGCACGUCAGCCGGCUAGCGGUCAGGUCUCAUCACCAUCACUUGGAGAAGUGCGCCAGGUCACCGAGGAUCAGGCCUGCUGGCGACAGUCAAGCUUCCGGCGCGUCCUCCUCGGUCCUUGGCGAUGCACUCGGACUGGUGAACUCGUCCAUCAAUCUGAGCGGGCAGGUGCAAGGUCCGCUGAGCAGCGGCGUUGGGAUCGGGGUUGGCGUUGGCUUGAGGGCUUUCACGGUGCCGUCUCAUCGGGGUGGGCUCAGCUCUUCUGGCAGGUAG